UCGAAGGCGGGGCCUACGGCGUCUGGUAGCCUAGCAACGGUCUUCGGGUCCGUUGAGCCGCCUCGACCUGCAGCCGCUAGAAUGGAGACUGAAGACUCAGACGCGAGCAACCCCUAUUCAGUAGAAGGCAACAAGUGCCUGGACCCGGACGUGUGUGACGCUGACAGCUGCGACAUCCCAGACCCAGGGCUGCUCAAGGAAAAGAACGGUGAGGUGGCCUGGCCUCGCCCCCAGAUGCCCACGUGGCUGCAGGCACGUCUUGCUCAGGCAGGAGCUCUGUCUGCUGCCACGCCACACUCCCUGGGCAGUCCCUUAACCCGGCAGGGCCCUCCAGAGAGGGCCUGCCUACAGCCUCCAGAGUUAGGGGUCCAAGACCACACGGUGAGAGUGCUUCUACUGCUGAUCUGCAGAGGUGCUUUCGGAGCCAGUCCCACGGCUUUUUACCAGAGCUCCCGGUGGCAGAACAUGACCCCACGUGCCCGUGCCCACCAGCUGUGGCUGUUCCUACGUGCGGGCCUCCAUGACUUUGUAGAAAAGGAAAAGAGAGGUGAGCUGUGUGUGGCACGCUUGACCCAUGGGCUGGAGCCGCUGCGCCACCUGAAAGUGGCAGCUGGGCUGUGCUCAGUGGCCCAGGACCCAGUGGGCAGACGCUUUGUGGUGCUCGAUGGUGCAGGCCACCUGCACGUGCACAGAGAGGACGGAUGGGCAUACGAGAAGCUACAGGCCCCAGCCGUGCUCACGGGGCUGGUGGCAGUGCCGGGCCCGCUGGAUGCUGUGAGCCGCUUUGUGGGUUGGGGCCCCAAGGGGCUGGCCAUCCUAAGGCCUGACCUCAGCCUGCUGUGGCUGAGCAAGCCAGGGGUGGGCAGGGUGCCAGGCCACGAGCCCCUCUGCUGUCUGCCGGUACCCAGCCUGGGGCUGUUGCUAGUGGCAGGGGCAGGUGGCAGCCUUGUGCUCUGGAAGUUCUGUUCAGGGGGUCGCCGCCUGGUGCCAUGUGGGUCACCUCUGCAGCUGCCACCAAGCCCUACAGGUACACUCACCCGUUUGGUUCUGGGGCCCCUGCAGUCCCACCAAGUCCCACGCUGCUUCGCGGCCUAUGGCUCCGCUGUACUCACCUUUGAUCUGCACACCUGGGCCCUCGUAGACGUGCGCCGGGACCUGCACAAAACCGCUAUCUUGGACUUGGCCUACUGCCUAGAGGUAGAGGCCAUGGUGACAGCCUCGCGCGACAGCACGGUGAAGGUGUGGGAGGCUGACUGGCGGAUCCGGAUGGUGUUCAUGGGCCACACAGGCCCGGUGACAGCUCUGGCUGUGCUCCCGAACACGUCCCUGGUACUGUCGGCCUCGCAGGACGGGACGCUGCGCACCUGGGACCUGCAGGCGGCAGCACAGGUGGGCGAGGUGGCGCUGAACUGCUGGGGCCCAGACGUGGCGUCUGGGCGCGUGAACCGCCUGCUGGCGCCCGCGGGCCCCAGCUGGCCGGUGCUCUCCCUGAGCGCCAGCAGCGUGGAGCUGUGGCGCCUUCGCGAGCUGUACUCGCCGCUGGCGCAACUGUCUGCCCCAGUGCUUCACGUGCAGGUGGUGCCUGCGCUGUCCGCACCCCCGCACCCGCUCCUGCCGGCGCGCCUCGUGUGCGCCUGCGCCGACGGCUCGGUCUACCUGGUGUCGGUCGCCACUGGGCGCACCGUGAGCGCGCUGCUGCUCGAGCCCGAUGACUGCGCAGCCUCAGUGCUUUAUUGCCUGCCGCGCGAAGCACUGUGGCUGCUGACACGCACCGGACAGCUGGUGUGUGCCAGCGCGGCGCGCUGCCCCAUGCGCGUGCUGCACCGCGUGUGCCCGCCCCCCGCGCCUGCGCCCAGGCCCUGCUGCCUGCACCUCUACAGCCACCUCACAGACCCCGGCAGCGCGUUUGCCGGCUGGGAGACCGUGUGCCAGCAUGGGGGGGAGCCGUGCCGGAGCGACGCAGCCCGGGCCUGGAAGGACAAGAACCGGUACCUGCCCGUGGUGGGGCACACGGAUGGCACCCUGUCAGUCCUGGAGUGGCGCUGGUCGAAGACCGUCUUCCAAACCGAGGCACACAGCCCGGGCCCCGUCACCGCCAUAGCGUCUACCUGGAACAGCAUCGUGUCUUCCGGCGGAGACUUGACAGUGAAGAUGUGGCGCGUCUACCCCUAUGCGGAGGAGAGCCUGAGCCUGCUGCGCACCUUCUCCUGCGGCCACCCUGCCGUGGGGCUCUGUGCACUUGGGAAGCGGAUCACGGUGGGCUUCGAGGAUCCGGACAGCGCCACCUAUGGCUUGGUGCAGUUUGGCCUGGGCGACAGCCCCCGCUAUGAUCACAGGUCCCAGGAUGACCCCACGGACCACAUCACUGGCCUGUGCUGCUGUCCCACGCUCAAGCUGUAUGCCUGCUCCAGCCUGGACUGCACCGUCCGCAUCUGGACGGCGGAAAACCGCCUGCUGCGGCUCCUGCAGCUGAAUGGUGCCCCACAGGGCCUGACCUUCAGCAGCAACAGUGGGGACCUGGUGUUGGCUCUGGGCUCCCGACUCUGCCUGGUCUCUCAUAGGCUCUACCUGCCCACAUCCUACCUGGUUAAGAAGCUGUGCCAGAAGGUCCCUGAUGUGGUGGAUGACCCUCUACUACCACUGACCAGCCAGGAGUCGCGGACCUCAGCCCAGCUGCAGAGGCUCGCCAAUCUCCAUGGGGUGGCCAGUCUUAGCACAGACUUGUCUUUCAUCCAUCGCCAGACGGCAACACCUCAGCAGCCAGUGUUGGAGGAGGACUUGGAAGCCCUAGUUGCCCGGGAUCAAGACCUUCAGCAGCUGAGUCUGGGGCUGGUGGUCCCGACAGCCCAGCCCCCACCCUCCCAGCACGAGCGGCAGGAGGCGUUUGACAACUACUUGCACCUGAUCUAUGGCCCUGGCUUGCUGGACGUGCCUUCUGGAAGAGAGUUCCAGCGGUGGAGUACCGUGACCCUCACCGCGGAGAGAGAGACCUGGGACGUGUGCACCUUACACAGAGCUGCCAACUGUCUUUGGAAGGCCAGAGUCUGCCCUGAAGUCCCGACAGUGCCCGCAGCCCUCCCCCAACAGGACCCGGGAGCUGUGGGCCAGCGCUUUGUCCACCCUCCCCGAGUCCCCUUGCCUAUCCCACCCAUACGCCGGGGGGUGCACAGCAAGGCAUCCCAGCUGCUGGCCCGCUCCUCCCUGAGCAGUAACCUGGGCCUCAGUCUGGACCUGCAGCUGCAUUUGGAGCGGCUCCGAGGGGAGAAGCCUGUGGUCCCAGGCCCACCGGCCCUCCACCUGCAACACGGGGACCCCCUCUUGAUGAAGAGGCGGCCCAAGGAGCCUCUUUCCAACCUCCGAGGCUUCUUUCCUACCAGCAUUCAGCCCUGCAAGGACUUGCAGCGGCGGGUCAGCUUCCCCGGCAGCGUGCCCAACUCGGUGGUGCUGCAGCAGAUGUGGCUUCACCGGGAGGUCAGCAGCCUCGGAGCCCUCGCCCAGCACACUAGCCGCAGAAGCAAGCCAGGAAGGCGCCAGGAUGACCUGUGGCUGCCGCGGCGCAUCGGGUGGCGCACGGCCAGGUGGCAGCAGAAGCUGACCGGGUGGUUGGGGGAAGAGGAGGAGGAGGAGGAGGAGGGGCAGCGGUAUGUGGACUGGUCCUCAGAUACCCUGAGCCCACCUACGCAGCUCUCCGAGUCCGAGGAGACGGAGGCUCAGGACUCCGAGUAUUUGACCCCGAAGCGCGCGCACUCUCGCACCGCCACCAGGCCUGAGACCUGCUUUCUCCACCCCGGGCACCCCCACGGGCACUCGCUCUGGGAAGAGCGCUACGGGCAUCUGCCCAGGUUCCUGCAUUUUUUCGUCGGCCAGAACUGGUUCAAAAAGCUGUUCCCCAUCUUCACCUUGGAGGCCUACCCCGAGGUGAGCACGGUGGAGGGCCUGGCCUCACUGUUCGUGGACCUGCUGUACGAGGCCUCUUGGGCAGACGGCGUGCACAUCUUGAAAGCGCUGCUGAGGCUGCUGCCCGACACGAGCAGAGACCUUCGUAACCAGCUGCAGGGCGUCCUCGUGCGCCUGCUCAACCUGGACCAGCCCCCCAGCCUCGAGGACCAGACGCAGAAGCAGUUCGUGAUGCUGGCGCUUCAGCUGCUCCUGGCCGGCUCCCUGCAGUCCCGCGAGGUGGUGCUGGAACUCAUGUCGUACUUCCUCUACUCGCCUGCCUCCCGCCGGCCCGAGCUCAGGAAACUGCUGGAUGGGCUGGGCCUUCAGGAUCCGCAGGGCUUCCUGUUCAAGGAGAUGAUGACCUGGGUCCAGGGCCCGGACGCAGGCUCCAAGGCUGCCCUGCGCAAAUGCUGCUGCCAGAAGCUGGAGGAAAUGAUCCAGAGGUUUGGAACCUCCUGUCUUGCCCACACCCCGCCCCCCCAGGCUUUCCCUAGGUCUUUGAGGGGAGGGGCGGGGGAUCCAGGUGAGGCUGGCCGGCUCUUUGCCUUGCUCUGUAUCUGUGCCUCAUGGGUCCUCUUCUGUCUCCCAACCCCCCAUUUCUGGGGAUCAUCCUGCUCCUCCCCAGGAAGGAGUCUGCAGCCAGAUCUCAGGCUUGGGGCCAGGGGCAGCCUCUGCCUUGGGCUUGGGGGCACUGUCCACUGGCUGCUUCCUCCACAGACGGAGCACUUGCAGCCUUCCGUGGCCAAGUUGUCCGAGAUGCUGCCCAAGGUCUCCCAGACCUCGGUGUUUCCAUCUCCUCCCAAGGAGACCCUGUCGCGGAUUUCAGUGCUCGCUGGGUCACCUCAUGUCUCAAGGGCACCCUCAGUCCGUUCCUGGGUACCCUCCCUUGUGGUCUCACCCGGGGAGCGGAACUUGGCUGUCCUUGAGUCCGGAGCCAAGCCGACGCCUUCACCAACGCAUCUCCGGCGGAGCAAACACGCGCUGUCUGAGGCGCCGCUGCACUUCUGCCCCUCCGAGGUCCACGCGCCCUCCUCAGCACCCGCCGCGCUGCUGGAAGAGUCGCUGCCACUGGCGCAGACGGACUGGUCCCGGUCACAGAUGCUGGACCUGGGGCCAAUCGAUGCGCUCAACUUCUUUUGCGAACAGCAGCGAGCACGGCUCGAGCAAGGUUUCCCGCAGGAGGAGCUCGAGACACUGCGCCUGAGCCCACGCCCACCCGAGUCCAACACCGUACUGCCCCAGCCCCGGGAUCGCUGGCACUAUCCCAUCCUCCGGCUUCAGGAGGCCAAGGUCCAGAGGUCUCCGAUGAGACUGAGGGGCUGGAUGCGGUCCCGGCUCUGGGUGGGCCAUACCCUCAGUGGCUCCAUCCGGAUGCUGAAGCUGCCGCUGCCGAGGGUAGAAGUUCAGCCUUUCCCCCCGGACUGGCCCAGGCCUGCCCGUCCGCUGCCCCCACGGCUCCUGCAACCCACCUUGCAGCGCUACUUUCUGCCAGAUUAUACAGAGACCCUGACAGCUACAGCUGACCAGACUGGUGGCCCCAGUCUCUUCUUCCCUCCAGCAUGGAGUCAAGAUGUGGCUCUCCAGCCAGCUGUUCUCCCCUGGAAAUAAAGUCCAGAGGCCAUGGCCAGAAAAAAAGGGUGCCACCUUCAUCUUUGGGGACUGCAAGUGUGAGCAGGGCAGUCUCAAUGGUGUGAUGAAUCUGCCAGUGGCCAGUUGCAGGGCAGGAGCUGGGGGCAUGGUGGAAUCUGGCAUGGUCAGCACUUGGUGGAGCAGCAUUCCUGGUGGGGGUGGGUCUGUCUGCCAGGAGCCGGACCCAUCGCAUGGGCAUGUCCCUGCUCAGGCACUCAGCCUGUGUUUAUCAAUAAAUUACUGGGGUCAAGAUGGGAGUGGGGAC